GGGGGGGGGUUGGACGAAUGCUGUCUCAUAGGACGGCAGAAUGGUAAAGAGGCCCAGGAUUGUCUUUUUUAUUGGUUAAAGCUUUUGUCACUCAGCAGCGGACGAAACAAGGGGAGCCCAGUUGCCUCUUCAUUGGUCAAGAUGCAUGUCACUCAAUGAGGGACGGGGCAAAACAGCCCCCAUUUGCUUGUUAAUUAGUCAAGCUUCUUGUCACUCACUGGAGGAAAGCGGAAGUUGGAGGAAGAUUUGAAGCAACAUGGAGGAGGAGGCGGCAAUGGAGGACAGAGGCAACCUGGCCGGGGUCCAACACAUCAUCCUGGUUCUGUCGGGCAAGGGGGGAGUGGGGAAGAGCACCAUCUCGACCGAGUUGGCCUUGACUUUGCGUCACGCCGGGAAAAAGGUCGGGAUCCUGGACGUGGACCUUUGUGGCCCCAGCAUCCCUCGCAUGCUCCAUGUGCAGGACCAAGAUGUUCACCAGUGCGACAGUGGCUGGGUGCCCGUCUUUGUUGGCCAAGACAAAAGCAUUGCCCUGAUGUCAAUUGGCUUCCUUUUGGAGAAGCCGGAUGAUGCAGUGAUAUGGAGAGGGCCAAAGAAAAAUGCUUUGAUUAAACAGUUUGUCUCUGAUGUUACCUGGGGAGAACUUGACUUCUUGAUUGUGGAUACGCCCCCUGGGACGUCGGAUGAGCACAUCUCCACAGUAGAAUCCCUUCGACCUUAUAAGCCGCUCGGGGCAAUUCUCGUUACAACACCACAGGGGGUUUCUGUGGGGGACGUGAGGCGAGAGCUGACGUUCUGCAAGAAGACAGGAUUGCGGAUCCUUGGGAUUGUGGAGAACAUGAGCGGCUUCGUCUGCCCACAUUGCUCGGAAUGCACAAAUCUCUUUUCCAAAGGGGGUGGAGAGGAGCUGGCAAAACACGCUGGAGUCCCAUUUCUAGGAUGCGUGCCCCUGGACCCCCAGCUCAGCCAGAGCUUGGAAGAAGGCAGAGAUUUCCUCCAGGAGUUUCCCAAGAGCUUGGCUUUCCCUGCACUAGCCAGUAUCGCCCAGCAGAUCUUGGUGGGGGCAUCUCCUUACAGCUCCUGAAGCAGAAGCGCAAGCUGGGAUCGGCAUACACCAACACGAAAAGGGAAGUGAGCCAAGCCGGCCAGGGAAUGUGGCAGUUUUGAAAAGGGCUCGAUGAAGAGCGGCAUCUUUGGAAAGCGUCCAACGUGGAGGGGCUCAGUUUGGGCGAAACACGGCCUCUCAAGCAAAGUAUCUGCAGCGCCCUUUUCUUUCUGUACAAGUGACUGCAGUGUCUUCCCUGGAGCGAUCUACCCUGUUGGUGGAUUUUUUGUCCUUGCAUUCAACAUUUCACCUGCUAAGAACUCAGCAUAAUAAUGCUACUUUUCCCUUCCACAGGCAAGACAAAUGAGUAGUUUUCUUGCACGCGUGCACACUCACGGACACACACACUAACAAAGCAGACUUAUGCCAGCAGGACUCUGGCCUUUGGUACUCUUGAUCUCCCCUUCCUUCAGCCAUCUUUUCACAGAAGUCUUAUUAAGUCACCAUGACAUAAUAACAUGCCCAGCAGGGCACAUGCGCAGUGAGAUACAAUAGUCCUAACGAAAGCCUUGAUCCGUCUCUGAUACUUGAAAAUUUAGUUUCUCCUCUGCAGACAUGAAUUGUGAGUUAGGAACCCAGCAUUCAUUAAACUGUUUUGCUGCAGUCAAGACUUGUGUGUGCUUUUAUAUCUUGGCCUUUGUUUUGAGUCUGAGUAGUCUUACCCCAGCCUUCUUCAGCAGUGGGUCCCCAGAUGUCGGACUGCAGCACCCAUCAUGCCCAUCGGUUGGCUAAGCUGCUUGGAGAGGAUGGGGGUUACACAUUGAAGAGCCCUGGGCUGUACCAGUGCUUGAAUUAGUGUGUAUAUAGCGGGGAGGACAAAAGGUAAGGGGGCCGGGAGCCCUGCUGGUGCCCAGUUUAAAACACUUGUAGGGAUCUGACAGGCCUCCAGAUGUUGUCAAACUACAAGUCCCAUCAGCCCCAGCAAGCAUGGCCAACGGCCAGGGAUGAUGAGAGCUGCAGUUCAGCAGCAUCUGGAGGUUGUGGGGCUCUCUGCCACCUCUGCACAUACUGACUUCAGUAAAUUAGUUUUCCACAUUCUCUGGGGUCGGGUGUGUCUAUGAAUGUGUGUUGCUAGGAUUGCACUAUGAAAUGUAACCAUUGUGAGAAUCUCUUUCAUUUUAAAAUGGCAUUGCUUUUAGUCCCUGCAAUUGCAGUGGGGAGAAGGGAAUUAAAAAGAUCAAAAAGUG